UGCGUGCGGUCAUCACCAUCGUCGCCAGCUUCUUCGUCGAUCGUCGCCAUUGCCGUCCCGGCCGGUCAGCUUUCCUUUUUUGUUACCGUACCAGCCAUCGGUUUGCGAUGGCGAUCCAGAUCCCGGCGCCCGCCCUCUGCCUGGCGGCGCUGCUGCUCCUGCCCGCGCCCGGCUGGGGCCUCUCGCUGGGCCGCUUCAGCUGGGGGAGGCAGACCCAGGCACAGGACGAGCUCGACUGCGAUGACGCAGCGCACGACGAAAGCGGCCGGUGCUACAAGGCCAUCACCUGGGCCUUCGCCAGAGGACUCCAGGCUCAUCCGGACUGGUACCCAGACGUGAGCCUCACCCGCGACGCUGCACGCCUCUCGUCGGAGGCGAGCUUCAAGGAGGUCCAGGCCAGCCUCUACCGCCGAGGCAAGGCCGGCUGCGGAAAGCCCUGCCCGAUGGGCUACGUCCGCCCGCCGGCGCCCUCGGC